AUUCCUCAUCCACACCUGCACAAUGGCAACAACCUCAGACAAUUCCCCCCAUGUGGCUUCUCUCCUGCACAAGAAGCCGCAUUAUCAUUCCGAGCUGGGCUCGAUCCAGGCCAUAACGGCCGAGGACCUCCCCAUUCUCAAGAACUUGUCCAUUAAGCGUCUUCGUCUCGCUCGGAAUGCCAUCCGAGAACCUCACUGGCAUGCCAAUGCGAACGAGCUGGCCUACUGUCUGUCGGGCAAAGUCAUGAUCUCAAUCCUUGAUAGCGGCAAUGAAUUUUCCGUGUUUACCCUGAACCAAGGCGAGAUGUUCUUCGUGGAAUCCGGUUCGCUCCAUCACAUCGAGAACAUCGGCGAUAGCGACGCAGAACUGAUUAUUUGCUUUCGUCAUGAGCGCCCGAAAGACUUUUCGCUGGCUGCUUCGCUGGGAGCGAUGAGCGACACAGUCCUCGGCAACACGUACGACCACCACUCGUCCGACUGGAAGAAUAUCCCCCGGGACACCCAGACCAAGUACCUGGUGCGUCAGCAGGGAGACAUCGAUGUGCCUCGCACUGCGCUCCUCCCUAACCGUCACAAGUUUGACGUGGAGGGCAUGACGCCGCCCACCUCGCAUGAUGUUGGGACGGCUCGAACAGCCAGAAGCCAGUUCUGGCCCGCGUUGCCCAACAUGUCCAUGUAUUCCUUGCGCGUGGAAGAAGACGGCAUGCGGGAGCCGCACUGGCAUCCGUCUACGGCGGAAAUGGGAUAUGUAGCUGAAGGCACCGGUCGUAUGUCGGUCAUGGACCCCGAUGGUACGGUUGAUACGUAUAUCUUGAAGCCCGGCGAUGUGUAUUACGUCCCGGUUGCAUACCCGCACCAGAUCGAGGCUGUGGGUGAUGGCAAGAUCCACUUCUUGAUCUUCUUUGACCAGCCGAUGCCUCAAGAUGUGGGCUACAGGAAUGCUGCUACGCUGCUGACGCCAGAAAGUAUGGCUGCGACCCUUGGGGUGAAGGUCAAGGAUCUUCCCAAGUUCCCUCACACGCCUAAGGAUCCCUUGAUUGUGAAGAAGCGCAACGUGGUGGACCCGGUUAGGGCUAAGCUAUGA